AUGGCUGCUGGAGGAUCAGGCGAGAUGUCGGUGAUUCAGCUCGGCUUCAUUAACGCCGAUCAGAAGUAUCUGACGGCGGAAUCGUUCGGGUUCAAGGUGAACGCGUGCGCCACAUCCAUGCGCAAGAAGCAGGUGUGGACCCUGGAGCACGCCGACUCGGUGGGCGACUCCAGCCUGGUGUUUCUCCGCAGUCACCUGGGCCGCUACCUGUCCGCCGCUAAGGACGGCACCGUGACCGCGGAGAGGGAGCGGCCGGCGCCCGACUGUCGCUUCGCGGUGGUGGCGCACGCCGACGGCCGCUGGUCCCUGCGCUCCGAGGAGCACUCGCGCUACCUGGGCGGCGCCGGUGACCGCGUCUCGUGCUGCGCUGGGUCCGGAGCCGCAGACACCGAGAAGUGGAGCGUGCACCUCGCCAUGCACCCGCAAGUCAACCUGUACAGCGUGGCGCGCAAACGCUACCUGCACGCAAACGGGGGCCGCGGGGAGCUGGCGGCGGAGCGGGACGCGCCCUGGGGGGUGGGCUCCGUGCUCACGCUCCAGUACCGGGACCGCCGCUACCACCUGCAGACCGCCGACGGACGCUUCCUCGCCAGCAACGGCGCGCUGGUGCCAGACGUGCGCGAUGAUACCGGGCUCACUCUGGAAUUUCAGGCUGGCACGGUGGCGUUCAGGGAUGCCGCGGGGAGAUACCUGGCACCCUCCGGACCCACCGGAGCGGUCAAGGCGGGGAGGGGCGCACGCGUGGGCAAGGAUGAAGCGUUCGUGCUGGAGCGCAGCCGCGGCCAAGUGGUGCUCACCGCCAGCAACGAGAGGAACGUGUCCACACGCCAGGGGGUGGAUCUGUCAGCCAAUCAGGAUGAAGAGUCGGAUCAGGAGGUGUUCCAGAUGGAGAUGGACCGGGAGACGAAGCGCUGUGCUUUCCGGGCCUGUAAUGGGAAAUACUGGAGCCUCACUGCGAGCGGAGCAGUCCAGUGCACUGCAUCUGAAAAAUCAGCCAGCUGUUUCUUUGAGCGGGAGUGGAAGGGGCCGAAGGUCACCCUCAAGGCCAGCAACGGCAAGUUCUUGGCAGCCAAGAAGAACGGUCAGCUGGCAGCUUCUGUGGACUCUGCAGGUGAACAGGAGGAAUUUGUUUUGAAGCUGAUCAACAGGCCCUUGAUAGUUCUUCGUGGGGAAGAUGGAUUCAUUGGAUGCCGUAAGCAGGGCACCGGCACUCUGGACUCCAACCGCUCCUCCUACGAUGUCUUUCAAUUGGAGUAUAAUAACAAUUCCUACUGCCUCAGAGACUCGACAGGGAAGUACUGGAUGGUGGAAGCGGACGGUACAGUGGUGAGCAGCAGCGCCACUCCAGUAUAUUUCCAGUUCGAGUUCUGCGAUUCUAACAGGGUGGCCAUUAGGACCCAGGAGGGCUUCUAUCUGAAGGGAGACCAUGCCGGGGUGCUAAAGGCUAAUGCACAAAGCAUCGCUAAUGCUACACUGUGGGAGUAUUAAUCACAUAUAUGUUGACAUAUUUGUAUCUUGCUUUAAAAAUGACUUCCAUUUAACACAAGCAUUGAUUAAAUCUCAGUAAAAGCACAUUAAAGAUAAAAUACACUUUGUAUUUGUAUAUGGACACUCCUCUCAGUUACUGAGUUUGGGCGUUUCAGCCACACAUACUGCUAAUGUGAAUAGUCAAUUAUUUAAACCAAAUUAUAUGCUUUCAGUCACCACAGCUCACAGGCACCUGGUCCCGGAAUGGGACGUCCAACAAGCUCACUGUCAGGUGUCUACAUAAUUUAGGCCAUAUAGUGUAAUGGAACACUACUGCAGGAUUAAGGGAUUUGGGUAAACUCGAAUCCUUUGUUGUUUCAAAUGUUUAGGAUGUUCUGCUGAAAGAGACUUUUCCAUCAGAGUGAAAUGUCCCAUCACAUUUUUCAGAUGAUCAGUCAGAACACCGUCUUGAAGUGGAGACAAAUGAUCGUUCUCUUGGUGUAAACAUCAAAUGCCAUAAAUCAGAAGCAAGUGGAGGGGCUUUGUGGCAAACUUCAAAAUCAGUUUCUCUCUAGUAGGUUUGUGAUUACUGUUGACCACAACUGGCGACCUCUCUAGGACCACUGGUCUGAAAGAAGGUUGGAAAUGAAAACCUAAAUUGUCAAAAUACGUUUUAUUUGAUUAUCCAGACAAAUAAAUGCAUCCAAAACUGGUCUGCCAGACCUAAAAGCUGCUGGAAAAUGGGUAAAACUUACACUGUCAAGGUAGCUAUAAAUCACUGCUGCUCAAAAAUUAGCGCCUUAAAGAUUUCCACGGUAAUGCAGAGCUGGCUUGAUUGUUGACAGUGUCAACCACGUUCAGAAAACCCACAGUUAAUUAUCUAUUUUGGAUAAAGAACGUCAAGAAUUGUCCUUCACAAAGCCCUGUGUCUUGAACCAAAAACAUUUUUAGUGCCAUCAGCUGGUAUAAUGAGGUCGUGUUUUAAAUAGCACGGCAGGAACAGGGACUCAAAGCUUUACGAAAUUUUGCUGUUCAUCUGAGAAACACUCUCUGUCUGGAAAAUGCAACGUCACACACAAAAACAUUCAAAUUUAUUUGGAAUUUGUUUAACAGACACCUGGAUGCUGUGGCCACUGUGGCAGAGUGGACCAGAUACUGAAAGUAUGUUAGAAUCAAGAGCAAUGUGUCGUUUUUGCUUAAUGUACACACGCACUAUAUGGUCAAAAGUAUAUGGACGCCAUUAGCUUGGUGCAAAUCUUAUUCCAAAAUCAUAUUAAUAUGUUAAAGACUGUCUACAAGAUUUUUAUUAACUUAAUCAAUUGAUGUGGCUGAAAUGUAUAAACUCAGUAAAUAGAAAGGUUGUCCACAUAUGUUUUGUCAUAUAGUGAUUCUUUAUUAGCACAGGCUUUAAAUGAAGCUCAUUUGAAUGUAAUGGAGAAACUAAUGUCUGGUUUUGGUGCCUUCCUCUGUGGAAUUAAUGUAGAAAUGCUAACAAAAGACGUCUUGGUUUUUAUUGCUUCAUGUGCCAAGUUAAAGGUAAAUAAAGUCAAACCCUGAAUAA